AACGCGCUGAGGGAGUUUUCAGGAUGUCCGGAGAGCUCCCCCCUCUCUUCCCGGCCUGAAUGGAACAUCCUGAAAAUGGUUUGAGCUUUUCUGACUGAAGGAGUUUGAACUGACAACAUCGCGGGGGGUAAGUUCACUCUUUCCCCGCUGUAGUGGCCGUGGGAAGACCGGGAGCCGAGCUGACACGGUCCAACACUCUUUCUUAUGCCUUUCUAAAGUUUUCCCAGUCAUAGCUUCCUCACCCGGAGGAAAUGAUUGUUUUGGAGAGACGCGCCUGAAGUUUUUGGGAUUUUUUUUUUUUUUUUUUUUUAACGGGAAUGCUUCCCCAGUCUGCUGUUAAAGGGCCGAGAAGGACACUCGAGACACAACUGAAGACAUGUUGUAUUGGACUCUUCGUGACUGGAGAGUACAGCUCCUGAUUGUUCUGCUCUGGGACGGCGUCUGCUCUUCGGAAGUGAAACCUACAACAUGGCCCCUGUACUCCAAGAAGCCCCUUCUCCUCGCCUGGAAUGUCCCGACUCAGGAGUGUGGCCCCUGGCACGGCGUUUCUUUCCAGCUGGACCAGUUCCAGAUUGUGGCCACGCCAAAUGAGGGCUUUGUCAGGCAGAACUUGACCAUGUUCUACCACGACCGCUUGGGCUUGUACCCCUACUUUGAGGUGGAUGAGACGCCAGAGCGCGGUGGGCUGCCACAGAUCGCCAGUCUCUCGCAGCACCUCAGCGAAAUGCAGAAAGGUGUUGAUAAGUACAUACCAAACCGGGACGCUGUAGGUUUAGCAGUUAUUGACUGGGAAGAGUGGCGGCCCCUUUGGAUACGAAACUGGGGACCCAAAGACAUCUACCGAAAACAGUCCCGUGAACUGGUGCGCCAGAAGAACCCAACUUGGUCCGAGGAGCAGGUGGGAAAAGUGGCCCAGCUGGAGUUUGAGAUGUCUGCUAAGAAGUUCAUGCUGGAGACGCUACGCCGCGCCAAACACCUGCGGCCCAACAAUCUGUGGGGGUUCUACCUGUUCCCGGACUGCUACAACCACGACUACCUGCGCUCCCUGGAGGGUUACACGGGCCGCUGCCCCGACGUGGAGGUGGCCCGCAACGAGCAGCUGAAGUGGCUGUGGACGGAGAGCACGGCGCUCUUCCCCUCCAUCUACAUGGGCAAAGUGCUGCGCUCCUCUUCCCCAGGACGGCAGUUUGUGCGGAACCGUGUGAAGGAAGGGAUGCGUUUGGCUUCAUCCGGCGACGAGUUGGCACGUCCUGUCUUUGUGUACACCCGGCCCACCUACGCUAACUCUCUGGAACAGCUGACAGAGUUUGACCUGGUGUCCACCAUCGGGGAGAGUGUCGCUCUGGGAGCUGCAGGAAUCAUCAUGUGGGGAGAUGUAACACAUGCAAAAAACAAAACCACCUGCUCUGACCUGAACGCGUAUCUUCAGGGCACACUGAGCCAAUACCUCCUCAACGUCUCCACGGCAGCAGAGCUCUGCAGCCAGACCCUGUGCGGUUCCCACGGCCGCUGCCUUCGCAAACAUCCGGACAAGGAUGUUUACCUUCACCUCAACCCCCUCACACACCGCAUCGAGAGGCGAAACGGCAAACUGACGGUCACCGGCGAGCUAGGAGACCCAGACAAGGUGCUUCUUGACAUGGACUUUCAGUGCCAGUGCUACAAGGGCUUUCAGGGGAAAGGCUGUGAUCAUACAGACCAGCUGCACCAAAGAGGGACGGCGACUCAAACCAGAACAUCAGCGCUCCAGUCUAUCAUCUUCCUGAUAACCGUUGUGCUCCUGUGUUAAUGUCAAAUACAUCUUAGCAAAUCCGCUGCCUUGCAGAAAUAUUUAUUUACAUUGAUUUUCACAUUUUUAUUGUCCCAGAAACCAGAGUGUGUUUGGUUAAUAUUUUAUAUGUUAGACCAACACAAAAUGGUGCAUAAGAUCUGAGAGGGUUCACAGUUGGCUUUCUGUUUGUGCACUGCAAAAACACAACUUCCUACCAAAUAUUUUUGGUCUAGUUCAGUAGUGUCCAGCCUUUUUGCAACUGAGGGCAAAAAUCGGUAAAGUUAGAAAUCACAUGGGGUUCAGAAAUGUUAUAUUUUUGUAACAUUUUUAAAAUUGCACCCAAUAUUUUGUAAGAGGAAAUCAUUUAUUUUUGGAAAAAAACUGCCCUGAAACAUCAAUCAAUCAAAUUUUAUUUGUGUAGCACAUUUCAGGCAACACAACAUUGUUCAUGAUGAAAAGUGUUCGUCUGGAUCAACCAACUAUGAACGCAGGACAGAUUUACUUAAUUCUAGAAUUGAGUUCAGGUGUGGAGGCCGCACAAAAUCCUUCAGAGGGCCUCAAAUGGCCCCCGGGCCGCAAAUUUCACACUUCUUGCCUCGUUUUUUAUACAAAUAUCUUGAAAUAUGACAAAACUAACUCAUGUAACUUUUCAGCAAGAUAUAAAAGCUUCUUUUAAGUCAAUAAUUCAUUAAUAUUGAUGAAAAUGUUUUAAGUAAAUAAUAGUUUAAUAUUGACAGAGUAGUAUUAGUUCUAUAUUUUUUCCAUUUUAUAAGUGAAAUAAUUUGCAGGUGGCGCUAGAACUUUAUCAUUAACAUCAAGGACUUUUUGACUUAAAACAAUCUCCUAUAUCUUGCUGAAAAGUUACUUGUUCGUUAGUUUUGUCGUAUUUUAAGCGUACUAAGAAACUAGACAAAAAACCAGUGAGAUUUUGUGUUUUUGCAGUGCAUUCGUCUUUCAGGAAGGGGAACUUCAGUCUCAAUCCUUUUGCAGAAUCUAACAAGGUUUCUUUCACCAUUUUUCUAAUUUAUCUGUCUCUUCCUCUUCUGCCACAAAACCAGAUUUAUGAUAUGCAUGAAAAGUGAAUUAAAAAGCAAUGUAACACUUUGUGUUGGUCUAUACCAUAAAUCUCUGAUAAGUGCUUUAAAGUUUGCGGUUGUAAUGUGACAAAAUGUGAAACAGAAGAUAUCAAGGCUUUCGUAAAGCACUGCACACAAGCACAAAGAGGGAUUAGUUAGUCAUUUUCUGCUGCAAAACUUUCAUGACAGAAAGUCAAACUGUAUUAUAAACAAAGGGGACAGAAAAGUGAUGUUUGUUUAUAAAUUAUAAGCGUUUUUUUAAACAGCAGAGGGCUUGCUGGAAAUGACACUGUUUACAUUUUGCUCUCUGUUUCCCCCUGGGUCAGUUUCCCAAGGUGUCAGAUUCUUCGUCUCUCUGCAGGAUCUGAUGCUUCUGUAGUAAAUGUGUUGAACAAAGUGAAGGAAUAUGUUUGUUGCUGGGUGGUCAGAGUGGGAAUAAAGCACUUAAAUCAGCUUGGAGUACUACAUACACACCGGAAGUGCCAGAUUU